AUGGCCGAGGCAAGUGAGAGUGCACAAGUUGGCGGACGGCGGCGCUCUUCCGAUUCGCCGACUGUGUGUGGAUCGGACGGUAACAUGGAAGAAGAAAAGGAGUGGCGCCCCUCAGCUUUCAGCUCCAGCGAUAGCGAGGCUGAAAGUCAAACCGCUCCAGAGGUGAAGCGCUCUUGGGUGGCACGGUUAUUCCGUUCAAAUUCAUCCGAAGAUCCCGACGACGAAAUCAAUGACACCGAUGUCAGAGCCCUGGAGGACUGUCCAGCGGGCUACCCGCACCUGGCAGCAUUCCAAGCCUGUGAACAGAGCUUCAUGCUCUAUCGAGGAUUCAGCUACGUCCACGCACGCCUGAUCCUGAAUCUGCAGGCCAAGAUCGCUGCACUGGAAGGCGAGCUGGAUGACGUUGAUGAAGACGACUUUGGGAAUGAAGAUACUAGAGUGAGGCUCAAAUCUGUGGCCAGGGAUAUUGGAGACACCAAAGACGCCGAAGAUACCGACAGACACAGACAAAGAAUCCUUGAAGAGCUUCGAGUGAAUGUCAUGCAUUACGAUGAACUGCUCAUCAAAACAAAGCAGAUUGCGUCUUUGCAGCGCCCCACAGACCGAGAUUACCGGAGCGUGCGCAACUACUUCUACAACUUUAGGCCCCUUGUCAAAAAAGAGGAGAAGUACAUUCGGUGUCGUGAAGACAUUAUCAGUUUGAGAAGCGGCCGUGAGUGGGCAGGAUUCGACCAAUGGGUGGAAACGCGGCUGCUCAACUUGUCGCGGAAGCUGCCAUUUGUAAAAAGAUGGUUCAGCACGCGUGACAUCUUGCGCAAGACUGACGAUGCGGAUAUCCGGUAUUUGUCGCCAUCGCGGAUUGAGAGGUUUGUGGGCUUGAUCAUCACAGCUGUUAUUUUCGUCCUCCUCAUCCUGCCGGUGGUUGGCAUGUACCGGCUCGCAAGUUUCGGAGACACAAAAGAUAUCUUCAGUGCCAUCGGGGUUAUGAUUGUCUUUACUCUGCUGUUCGCGGCGGCAAUGUCACUGCUGACGAAAGCACGGAGACAUGAACUGUUUGCUGCAAGUGCGGCUUAUUGCGCCAUUUUGGUCGUUUUCAUAACGAACGUGUGA